AGCUAAAUAGUUACUCAGAUUUUUUACUUCUUUCUCUUCCAAAAUUGAUAGCCGAAACAUCGAUAUCGUGAUGCUCAAUAUUUUGUAGAACAAUUAGUGGAAUAUUUUAGUGAAAGUGAUAUUUUAUGCAGGUUUAGUUAGUGUAAUUUGUGAAUAUGUCACCCAAGUGUCCAGUACCACCGUUGCAGGAGAUUACAUUAUCUUUAGUGGCCAGACAAUUAAUACAUACACUGACUAGAGUUACGGCUGAAGAGGAUGUGUCCUUACCGUUUACCAUGGUAUCCUCGUACUAUGAAAGUAUGGGCGCCACCAAUGACAUUUUCCAAGAUCUCAUGAACUUAAUAUUAACUUCAGAGUAUCUUGAUCCGUCUGUUAGAUAUUUUACGAUGCGAUUAUUGCUCAAAGAAAAUGUAAAAAGUCUAGCCACUGGAAUGUUUCCGUGUCCUUAUUAUAGAAAAAUCCUUGAGCUACUUAUCGAACAAGGACACCACCUGACGUCUCUCAAUUUGAAAGGUGUUUGGGUUAAAGAGGAACAUUUGACGCUAAUGUAUCAUCUGAUUAAAAAUCUCACUAAUCUUACCGUACUUAAUAUACCAUACAUAGCUAAUGAUGAAGUAUUGAAAUAUAUCGGAGAGCAUAAUAAAGUUUUGAAGCUUCUGGACGUGUCAGGUGAAACGGAUAUUACGGAAAUAGGUAUAAACGCAAUGCUGAAUGGCAAUUCACAAUUAACAAGGAGUUUGACAGUUGUAAAUAUUGGCAUGUACGGAGAAGAAAAUAUUGAUCAUACUGAUGUAGCUUUGCUAAUAAGACGAUUGCCUAAUCUGACCAACCUUGGUAGUUACUCUUUUGUCGGAAAAUCCAUUCUUCACAUUUAUAACACAAAUUGUCCUCAGGAUUUUAAAACUAAACUACAAUAUUUACAUGAUGUACAAACUAAUAUGAGGACCAUGAAAGCUAUACUAGCAUUAUGUCCAGAUUUAGAAACGAUAUAUUUAGAGGAACCUGAUCAAGGAGUGUUACAGCAAAUCAGAGAGUUAAAUUAUAUCAACAAAAUCAAAUUGAACAAAUUCCAAUGUCACGAAUUGCAUCAAUUGUUGGAUAAAAUUGGACACAAGAUAGUGACUUUAAUGCUCUCAGGGUCAUCUGGUUCAUUUAAUUUCACUAGGAUAGCAGAAACAUGCAGAAAUCUUGAAUCUUUAGAAUUCUUUCAAAUACAAACUGCUACUCACGAGGAAGAAAUUCCAUUUAACAAAUUGGAACACGUUGAAAUCAUACAUGGCAACUUGUCCUCGUCUUGUCUUAAAUAUUUGAUGACGGGGAGCCCUAUGCUCAAAAAAUUAAUAAUUGGUGACGAAAUCAAGCUAGACGAUAACGAUAUGUCCAGAAUGCUUCGUAGAUAUAAAUUUGAAAACCUCGAGGGGAUUUGGUUCCCCAACGCGCCUCGACUGACCCGAGACACAGUGGACCUUUUAAUGGAAUGCUGUCCAAAACUGACCAGUUUGGGGCAGCUAAGCGGCUGGCAGUUCACCCCUGACGAUAUGAUGCUAAUGAGAGCUAUUAUUGCCAGUACAAAUACAGAUCUAGUUCUGUCUCCACUUGGUAUCUUUCAACAGGGCAAUUAGGUUUAACUUCUUAAAAAACCUGUAAAUUUUGGACAUGUCCGUGAUAUAUUCGAU